CCUAUGAGGGCAGAACAGCACAGGAGUCACCCAGAGGAGGCAGAUCAGACACACAGGGGGAGGCUGGAAGCCCCAGGGGGGGGUGUACCUUUCGGUCCAGGGAGCCCAAUGAACAUGAUGCGGGGACCAGGCCCAGGAGUUUACAGGGGCCCCACCGGGCCCUACCAGCGCCCCGGCAUGCACCCUGGUGCUCGGAUGCCGAUGCCUGGGAUGCCGGUGGGAUCCCCCAUGCUCAACGCAUACGGACCAGGGUCUCCCCUACGGCCAGGGAUGAACCCUAUGAUGAUGGAACCAUUCAGAAAGAGGAUUCUACCUCCACACGGACAUCUCUCAGGAGCCGGCCAGAGGAGAGGAGUCAAGAGAAGAAAGAUGGCUGACAAGAUUCUGCCACAGAGGAUCCGAGAACUUGUUCCAGAAUCUCAGGCGUACAUGGAUCUCUUGGCGUUCGAGCGGAAAUUAGAUCAGACUAUCGCCAGGAAGAGGAUGGAAAUCCAGGACGCCAUCAAGAAGCCUCUCACUCAAAAGCGCAAGCUGAGGAUUUACAUCUCAAACACGUUCACUCCUGGAAAACCCGACGGGGAGGAAGCGGAAAGAGUGAGCUCCUGGGAGCUACGGGUUGAAGGCAAACUUCUGGAAGACACCAGUAAACAAAAGCGAAAGUUCUCCUCGUUCUUUAAGAGCCUUGUUAUCGAGUUGGAUAAAGAAUUGUACGGGCCGGACAAUCACUUGGUAGAGUGGCACAGAAUGGCCACCACCCAGGAGACCGAUGGAUUUCAAGUCAAACGCCCUGGAGAUGUGAAUGUGAAGUGCACCCUGUUACUGAUGCUGGAUCAUCAGCCUCCACAAUAUAAGCUGGACCCCCGUCUGGCUCGUCUGUUGGGUGUUACCACUCAGACCCGUGCCAACAUCAUGCAAGCCCUGUGGCUGUACAUCAAGACCAACAAACUUCAGGACAGUCAUGAGAAGGAGCACAUCAACUGCAACCGCUACUUUAGACAGAUAUUUAAUUGUGUCCGCAUGCGAUUUUCUGACAUUCCUAUGAAGCUUGCCAGCCUCUUGCAACAUCCGGACCCUAUAAUAAUCAAUCAUGUGAUAAGUGUGGACCCCAAUGACCAGAAGAAGACAGCUUGUUAUGACAUCGAUGUUGAAGUUGACGACCCAUUGAAAUCUCAGAUGAGCAGUUUUCUUGCUUCCACCACCAACCAACAAGAGAUCGCCAACCUGGAUACCAAGAUCCAUGAGACGAUCGAAUCCAUCAAUCAUCUGAAAACGCAGAGGGAUUUUAUGCUGAGUUUUAGUAACGACCCCCAGGAAUUUAUACAGGACUGGCUGAAAUCCCAAAGCAGGGACCUGAAGAUCAUGACGGAUAUGAUGGGCAACCCCGAGGAAGAGAGACGCUCCGAGUUUUACCAGCAGCCGUGGGCUCAGGAGGCUGUGGGGAGACAUAUCUUCUUCAAGGUGCAGCAACGCAGACAAGAACUGGAGCAGGUUCUGGGGAUCCGGCUGACCUAGAACACAUUCUAGAACCCUAGAUCGCCUGGUCACAAUCUGGAAGUGCCCCUAUUUACAUUCCAACCAUCUUUUGUCUCUUGCACUCAGUUUAUCGACGGGUGCGUAGAGCAGGCGUGCGUCGGUUCUUAGGUACGAACGUCCGCCUGCUGCGUUAUUUUUUUUAAGUAACUGCCUUGAUCCACCGCCAGGUACGGGUCCUCGUCAGGGAACAGAGCGAAGCUGUCACUGCUCUGGUGGUAAUGGAAUUUGUGGAUUGCCAAAAAUUCUGUCCAGGAUCACAACGUAUACUUUCAGAAUACAAUAUUUGACCA